AUGCAGAUGGAAUCGAUGAAAGCGAGGUUGAGAGGUCAUUAUUUUGAUGGAGGGGGUUUUAUGUCAGCUUCACCUUUUUCUGCUGCUGUUAAUGCUUCAUCUGUUGGGUUUACAAAUAGUUCUGGGGGCAAUGGUGGAGUGCUUCCUGCACGGACGGAUCCUUGUAUGGCUCGCUCAGUUAGUGUACAUGGCUGCUCUCAGAUGCAGGGCCAGUCGUCAGUUCCUGCCCGAGAGGAAAAGUUCGAUAGUUUCAAGGAUGCAGGCACCAAUGUAUCUCCUGCUGUUUCAAGGAGGGACAUGGCUACCCAGAUGAGCCCAGAGGGAAGUUCAUGCUCCCAAUAG